AGUGUGGGGGGGGAAGGAGCCAGUGCCAUUUAUUGUAAUGCUGAAACCUUUCUUUUGUUUAUCUCUUUCCAGUUAUGUGGCUGUGGGCUGCUGGGUGUGGGCAUCUGGCUGUCAGUGUCACAAGGAAACUUCGCCACAUUUUCUCCUAGCUUUCCAUCGCUUUCAGCUGCCAACCUAGUCAUUGCCAUUGGUACAGUCAUCAUGGUGACCGGCUUUCUGGGCUGCCUAGGUGCUAUCAAGGAAAACAAGUGCCUCCUAUUGAGUUUUUUCAUCGUUUUGCUGAUAAUUCUCCUGGCGGAGCUGAUAUUACUCAUUUUGUUCUUUGUUUAUAUGGACAAGGUCAGUGAGAGUGCAAAGAAGGAUUUGAAGGAAGGUAUGAAGCUAUACAAUUCAGAAAACAAUGUUGGACUGAAAAAUGCAUGGAAUAUCAUUCAAGCAGAGAUGAAAUGCUGUGGUGUGAAUGACUUUACGGAUUGGUACCCAGUGCUGGGAGAAAACACAGUCCCAGACCGAUGUUGUACAGAAAACUCCCAAGACUGUGGACGGAACUCCACCGAAUUAGUGUGGAAAACGGGAUGUUAUGAGAGAGUUAUGACAUGGUUCGAUGAGAAUAAGCAUGUCCUUGGUUCGAUUGGGAUGUGCAUCCUCAUAAUGCAGAUUCUUGGCAUGGCCUUCUCCAAACAGAUUCACAGGACUGGCAAAAAAUACGAUGCCUAAAGCCUCUGAAACAUUAUCACAUCAACCCUUCUGUCUCAUCAUAAAAAUGAACAAAAGGAAUG